AUGUCUUUGAUAGUCUCUGCUCGGCUCUUCAUCCUGUGCAAUGUCUGGUGCUUGAUCCGUGGGGCUUCUGUGGCUGUGCCAGAUGUUGCCGUGAGAUGUGCUGAAGAAGUGCUGCUGCCCUGUAAAGUUCACCAGGACUCCACAGUCACCUACCAGACAGUGUCUUGGUAUAAAGUGGCUGAACAUGGUGAAGGAAGAGUGUGGAAAGUCCUGGAUUUGGUCUCUCCUUCUCCACAAGAGCUUGGUGGGUCCCUGGAGCUCUCCAACGACACCCUCUUUUCACUGAGGAUCAAAAACGCUACGAGCCACAACAGCGGGACAUACAAAUGCACUUUGCAAGAGCAAAGCGGAGAACGCAAUCUAAGUGGCACAGUCACAUUGAGAGUAUCAGGUUGUCCUGGAAUACUAGAAGAUGAAAAAUUAAAAAAAUACAAAACAGAGCUUUUCAUGCUGACUUGCCUUGGGAUUUUUUACUUACUGCUCAUCUUUUUUACUUGUACAUGUCUAAGAAAAGAUAGUAUGUCUCCCAAUUAUCAUAAAAACAAAAAAGAUGUGAAACAGAUGCUCAUCAUCAGUGCACGUGAAAUGACAAAUUUAAACAGUGACAGCACGUACAAAAAUCAGCUUACUUCCAUUUCUGUCUAAGUUGGUGUUGUUGACGGCGCUGUGGACUCAUCAGUAAACAUGACACAAGAUGGAGAGCUGAGUGGUAUAGAAAGGAAAUAAAUGCUAAUAUAUUGCCUCUUCAGGACAGCCUGAUGGUAUGGGCAAUCUGCGAGUGAUCUGCUUGAGCUGCACAAGUCUUCAAAAAGCAUUGGUAUGC